AUGGGAAAGAAAGAAAAGAAAGAAAAAAAAGAUAAAUCAUCAAAGAAGACUUCUAGCAAGCAAGUAACAAGAGAAGACAUUGAGAAAAUUGAUAAUUAUGAAAAAAGAUUGCCAGCAGUUUUACCAUUUGCUAGACCAUUAGCUCCAAAGAAAUUGAAUAAAAAAAUUUUAAAGACAGUUAAAAAGGCAUCCAAACAAAAACAUGUCAGAAGAGGAGUCAAAGAAGUUGUAAAAGCCCUUAGAAAAGGCGAUAAGGGAUUAGUGGUAAUUGCAGGAGAUAUUUCACCUCCAGAUGUUAUAUCUCACUUGCCUGUUUUAUGUGAAGAUAACACAGUGCCAUAUUUAUUUAUCCCAUCAAAAGAAGAUUUAGGAUCAGCAGGAGCUACAAAGAGACCAACGAGUUGCAUUAUGAUAGUUCCAGGAGGAGGAAAAUCGAAUAAGAAAAAUUCUGGUGAUAGUGAGGAGUACAAGGAGAAUUAUGAUGAAGUCGUUAAAGAAAUAAGUGUAUUAUGA